AUGAAGGAAGGUGCAUCAGCUUUGGAGCCGCUUCCAGCUGUGGAUUUUUGCUCACCGAACCCGUGCCAAAACCAAGCCUUGUGCCAAAUCCGUGGGGAUGGCUACGCGUGCUUCUGCGUGCCGGGCUUCCAAGGUGCUCAUUGUCAGAUUGACGUCAAUGAAUGUGCUUCUCAGCCGUGCGUGAACGGAGCCACCUGUGUGGACAGAGUUGGCCGCUACUCCUGUCUUUGUCCAUCCGGGUUCACUGGGGCCACUUGUGAGGUCCCGAUUGAUGAGUGUCAAUCACAGCCGUGUCUCAAUGCCGGCAGUUGCCACGGCGAUGCUGGUGGCUUCAUUUGCACCUGUCCACCCGGUUACCAAGGACACCAGUGUGAAAUCAACAUAGAUGAGUGCCAGGACGAGCCAUGCCAAAAUGGAGCUCUGUGCAUUGACGGCGUGGACGGAUACAGCUGUGACUGCUCACACACUGCCUUCACUGGCAAACACUGCGAGGGUCCAAAGCCACAGUGCGACUCUGAACCCUGCUUCAACAGCGCCAUCUGUAAGGACAGUCAGGGUAAUUACAUCUGUGAAUGCUGGCCAGGGUUUGAAGGACAUCUGUGUGAAAUAGACAUCAACGAGUGUGGCAGUAACCCAUGUUCAAACGGAGGCCGCUGCAUUGAGAGGUCAUGGCAGGUGCUUUUUGGAAGCGACCCUCUGCUGCCUGAACACUAUGACCCGCGGCACGCUGCAGGCUACAUCUGCAGCUGUCCUCCAGGAACAACAGGUUCCCUCUGCCAAGAGGUCAUAGACCACUGUGAUCCCAGCCCCUGUCACAAUUGGGGGAGGUGUGAGCGGCAUGAUGGGGGCUAUAUCUGUCACUGCGUCAAAAAACUUAGUGACGGUUACCUUUAUGGCGGUGCAAACUGUGAUGUGAGGUUGGUGGGCUGUAACGGCCAUGAGUGCCAGAACCAGGGCUCCUGCUCGCCCUUCCUAUUGGAUGAGACUCACGGCUAUACCUGUUCUUGCUCACCUGGAUACACUGGACCCCUGUGCAAGAACCCAACCACAUUCUCCUUUGAACGCAGUGGCUAUCUGCUGCUACAGAGCCCCCUUGUGGAUACAGAGGUCUCAUCCAACAUCACCCUCAGCUUCAAGACGGCUCUGUCCAGUGCAAUGUUGUUCCAUCAGGGCAUCAGGGGGAUGCUGCUAAGUCUGGAGCUGCAAGAGGAGAGGCUUCAUCUCAUCCUGAGGAAGGAAGCUUCUGAUGGGGUCCAAGCAGAAAGUCGAAUCGGGGCUUUGGAGCUCCCACACAGAGUCACAGACGGGAAGUGGCACACUGUUGAGGCAGUACUCACAAACUGGGUACUGAGUCUCAGACUUUUGGAGGACGUUGCAAAAUGUGAGAGCCAGCCAUGCUACAAGGCAGCCCCAGUCCAGAGCACAAUGGCUGGCCUGGUGUCACCUCCUCAGAGCACCUUCAUUGGAGGAGUACUCAAGGAGUCACAGAGCACCGUCGAGGACUCCACACUUCCAGCAUUCAUUGGCUGCAUGCGGGAUGUUUUUGUGGACUGGCAACUGAUUGUCCCCGAGGAGUGGCUGAGUGACUCUGCUGUGAAUGUGUCCCCUGGUUGCAGCCAUCGGGACCGAUGCUUGGAUGUGCCUUGCCAAAACAAAGGGCAGUGUGUCAACUUGUGGCAGAGCUACCAGUGCCAGUGUCCAAGGCCUUACGAGGGGCAGGACUGUGAAGAGGAACAUGUGACCGCACGUUUUGGGAAUGAGGACUCUCUCAGUUAUGCCGCCUUCACCGUCACGGAUGACCCGGGUCACAACCUCUCAAUCUCUCUCUUCCUGCGCACACGGAGGCCCAACGGCCUCCUGGUGGCCUUGGCCAACAGCAGCAACGGCCAGUACCUGCACGUGUGGCUGGAGGACGGCGUGGUCACAGCUCAGCUCGGUGACUUCCAGAGCCUGAAAGGAGAGAGCGCGGUCAAUGACGGGGAAGUCCACUACGUGAACGUCGAGGUGGCGAUAGGGCGAAUGACGUUGCACGUGGCGGCUGACCGACAAGCUGAGACGGGGGUCAGUACGGUCGGCGUUCAGGCGGGAGACACUGUCUAUGUGGGAGGUCUGCUGGAGAGCGAUGCUACAGCAGAGUUUGGUGGAUAUUUUAAAGGCUGCAUCCAAGACCUGAGGAUAAACGACAGGAGGUUGCAGUUUUUUGGUUUGGAUACAUCGGUGAGAACAUUCCCUUUGCAACAUAUGGAGAAUGUGACUGCUGGCUGCACAGGGGACAAUACCUGCAGUAUGAACCCUUGUUUAAACGGAGGGAUGUGUUACUCCCUGUGGGACGACUUCAACUGCACCUGCCCACCCAGCACAGCAGGGCGGCGCUGUGAAGAGGUCAGGUGGUGCGACUUGUCUCCAUGCCCGACAUCGGCUGAGUGCAAGAUGCUGAACCAAGGAUAUGAAUGUUACUCCAAUGCCUCUUUCCUGAAUGACAGCACAAUCCUGGUCUAUCGAGGAAAUGGUGACAUUUCCCGGAACAUUUCUAACCUCUCUGUGAACCUGCGCACGCGGAAACGCAACGCCGCGAUCCUCCAUGCGGAGAAGGACUCUGCCUUUGUCACCCUCUCCGUGCAGGACGGUUUCCUCCUCAUGGAGCUUCAGAGCGCCACCAGAGAUAGCAAAGAAGAGGAGGAUGAUGACAAGACCGGAGCGACCACAGUGAGUCUCAGCAGCGUGAGGACUGUCAGUGAUGGCGAAUGGCACAGUGUCCACUUGUUCAUGACAGCACCGUGGGCUCACGUGUCUCAGUGGUCCUUGGUGCUGGAUGAUGAAGUAGAUGAAGCCAGCACCUCCACAGGUCUAGGGGGUAACCUGGACUUCCUCAGGCACGGAGUGGACAUCUUCCUGGGAGGUUUGGCUCCUGACACAGGGUGGUCACUAGCUGGGUGCCUGGGGACAGUGGAGCUGGGCGGCAUUGCCCUGCCUUAUUACAGCUCCUCUCAGGUGAACCUACCACGCUUGCAGGAGCACCAGUUCAUCCAGACAUCACUCAGGCCUGCGCUGGUGGGCUGCAGCGGGGCGCCCGUGUGUACUCCCAACCCGUGUCUUAACGAAGGGCAGUGCCAGGACUUGUUCAACAUGUUCAACUGCAGCUGUGCUGAGGGCUGGGCAGGGAGGCACUGCGGCUUCUUCACUGACACGUGCGCCUCCGGUCCUUGUGUGCACGGCAACUGCAGCGUCAAUGGGCAUACCUACCAGUGCACCUGCGAGCUGGGGUACACAGGAGUGGACUGCGAGCAGGAGGUCGACAUCUGUGAAAACCACUUGUGUGAAAACGGGGGGACCUGCCUGCACGGACCUGACGGGUAUGCCUGUCUGUGCCCGGAGAACUACACCGGACCUCUCUGCAAUGAACGGGUUGAAGAAAUUCCUUGGUACAUUGUUGUCAGAAAAGUGCGGCCCAAGCUUCCUGUGUCUAUAUGUGGAGAUGAUGUGAAGAACUACACCUGCUUCAACGGAGGGAACUGCACGGAGCGUGAGCUGUCAUGUGACUGCCCGCCUGGCUUUACUGGACACAGGUGUGAACAGGAGGUGGACGAGUGCAAGUCCAACCCUUGUCUGAACGGAGGCUACUGCCGCAACCUGGUCAACAAGUUCCUGUGCGUGUGCGACAUGAGCUACGCCGGCGACAUAUGCCAGACGGAUCUGACCGCUGAAGACGCCCCCUCUGAGCUGCUCCUGGCCGUCACUCUGGUGUCCGUGGUCCUUCUCCUGGUUCUCAUCCUGACUUCGGCCGCACUGGUGAUCACGUUGAACCGGCGGGCCACACGCGGCACUUACAGUCCGAGCCGGCAGGAGAAGGACGGAUCCCGGGUGGAGAUGUGGAGCAUCACGCAGACGCCGCCUGUGGAGAGACUCAUCUGAUGGUGCACGUAUGCUCGAUCGCUCACUAAAUGCACAUGAUGCUGAACUUGUUUGCACGCUUCGUUGUGCUCGCCUUCUACGUUUAUUUUAUUUUGAAAGACUAAACCAAGAGGGGGUCUUGCACGGAGCGCCAUUCAAACUUUGUAGAUGUAUUUUCUUUGCCUUAAAUGGUAAACAUCGUUCUCCUGGUAACUUGAGCAGUUAGUGGUUGGAUGGCGCUAUCUGCAGGGGAAACAAGUGUGCUGCAGCUGUGACACCAGUAGGUGGCGUCGUGACACAAAACAGUUCACUCCUCAUUUUCCAGCACCGAAAGACGUGACCACGUGUAAAUAUUAUUUCUUAAGGUGUAAAACUCGAUAAGUGAAAAUACGAAUAUUACAGAGUUUGAAACUCAAGCUGCGGGGGCCACCUCAUUUAUUGUGGCCUGCAAAAGCCCGUCAAUAAAGCAUGUCCUCUUUCUUGAUUAAUGUAUUUCAAGUUUGAGAGAAAAUAUAGUUUUAAUGAUGUAGUUAUAAGCAGUUAUUUACUUUAUAUUAUUUGAAACAACCGACAAUUCAUUGUUGUUGUUUUUUUUCCUUUUAAAAGAAAAUUUUACACUAACUGAAGUCAAAUAUUCCAAAGCAAAUGUAUUAUUGAACAUUGAUAAUAAUCAAAUUGAGGUGCAAUUGUGUAAUAAUACUGAAAAUUCUGCCAAAUUAUUAACCUUUUAAUAAGAUUAAUCACACUUUUAAAAUUGGAUUAAUCACAAGUUAUUACUCAUGUGCAUGAUUUAAACUAACAAUAUUUGGACAAAAAUGCAAUUUUACCACCAGGAUGUCACACAGGAACAUUUUUUAAAUGUGUUAUGUCAUUUUAUUUGCUCAAACAGUUUUAUGUAAAGUCCCAUCUGGGUUUAUUUUGGAGUGCAAUUCGAGCGAGCGAGUCGUUCAUCCAGCGUAAAACAACUCCUACUUUUCAAGAAACCAUCCCCGCUUGUGAGAUUAUUACACGCCCGAGUUAAUCACAUGAGUUAACUCGGGGGUGUCCAAAUUUUUUCCACCGAGGGCCGCACACUGAAAAAAAUAAAGCAUGUGGGAGCCCUUUUGAUAUUUUACCUUUUCUAAACCAAUACAAUAAUAUAGAUUUUUUUAAAUUUUUUUUAAUUUAGGGCUCCCCUCUUCUUUUGUCCCGGGGACCAAAAAUUGUCUCAGUCAUAAACAUUUGAUAUAUUAUUUGCAUUUUCUUUUUAUCAUUGAAAUAUCACAAUAAUUGUCGGGAUCAACUUCAGGUCUAUCUGUCAAUAUAUUGUAAACAAAUAAAUACAUGUCUUAUUAUAUGUGUAUACAUAUAUAUGUAUACACACACACAUAUACAUAUAUAUAUAUAUAUAUAUAUAUAUAUAUGAGUGUGUGUAUACAUAUAUACUGUAUAAAUAUAAAUACACAUAUAUUUGUAUCCAUCCAUCCAUUUUCCUACUGCUUGUCCCUCGUGGGAUCUCAUAUUUUAAACAAUUUUAACGCUUAAGUUUCUGGAUCAAUUUAAGGUUUAUCAGUUCAUUAUUUUUUAUAAAAAAUGUUUUGUUUCUUUAUUUUAUGUCCUUCUUUUUCAAAGGAAAAAACUUAGUUUUAAUAUGGCAACCCCUUCGUUAUGCAAUAUUUCCCCCCCCCCCCCCAAAACAUUUGUAAGGGAAAUAUUUGAUGUGAUUUAUUUGGAGUCGUAAAUAGGUCAAUAAUUCAUAACAUUGAUUUUCAUUCAUUAUUACUUUUUGAGUAAAACAAAAAGAAAGAAGAGAAAACAGCCUGCAUGGCUUUUAUUUUACUUUUCUGUGGUGUUUUUUUAAAUAGUUAUUUUGAAAUGUUCUCCCAGGCCGCACUUAGGACAACUCUGAGUUAACUCUAUUUUUGCCAGCCCUAAUAAUAAUAAUAAUAAUAUUAACAAGUCCCUCCAAAAUUUUGUAAGCUUUUUCUGCGUUAGAUAUGUCCUAAAAAGUCUAAUUUACUUGCAACAUUUUCAAAGAGUUACCACAAAAUCUACCCAAUGGUGAUGCAGGGAGACAUUUGAUUGCUGCUAUAACAAAUUGAAAUGGAGGAAAAUUUCGAUGAUUGGCCAAAAUGUGCGGGUAAUUAGUAAAGUUGCAUAAUUAUGAUGGUUAGUAUAAUGUACAUGAAUUGGUGCGAUCACAACAAAAAUAUCAUGAAGCUUAUGUAACUGCGAUGAAAAUGAGUUUGACGCUGCUGCAUAAGAGCAUCAAAAGUAGUUUAAGGUUUUUUUUUAUUAGUCCGUCUUUUUGCUAAUUCCACUGACCGAAAGGUAACAACGAGCAGGGAUCUACCGUAUAUACUUUAGCAGUAAAGAUGUCAGAUGAUAUCGGACUGCGGAUAUUAUCGGCCAAUAAAUGCUUUAAAAUGUAAUAUCGGAAAUUAUCUAAAUUGGUUUCAAAAAGUAAAAUUUAUGACUGUACGGAGUGGUACACGGACAUAGGGAGAAGUACAGAGCGCCAUAAACCUUAAAGGCACUGUCUUUGCAUGCCGGCCCAAUCACAUAUAUAUGGCUUUUUACACACACAAGAGAAUACAAGACAUACUUGGUCAACAGCCAUACAGGUCACACUGAGGGUGGCCAUAUAAACAACUUUAACACUGUUACAAAUAUGCGCCACACUGUGAACCCACACCAAACAAGAAUGACAAACACAUUGCGGGAGAACAUCCGCACUGUAACACAACAUAAACACAACAGAACAAAUACCCAGAAUCCCUUGCAGCAAUAACUAUUCCGGGAUGCUACAAACCCCCCCCCCAAACUGACAUGCUCUCAUGAGAGAGCAUGUCCCAAAUUCCAAGCUGCUGUUUUGAGGCAUGUUAAAAACAAAUAAUGCACUUUGUGACUUCAAUAAUAAAUAUGGCAGUGUCAUGUUGGCAUUUUUUUUCCAUAACUUGAGUUGAUUUAUUUUGGAAAACCUUGUUACAUUGUUCAAUGCAUCCAGUGGGGCAUCAAAACAAAUUUAGGCAUAAUAAUGUGUUAAUUCCACUACUGUAUGUAUCAGUAUCGGUUGAUAUCGGUAUCGGUAAUUUGGAGUUGGACUAUAAUGGAAUAUCGGCAAAAAAGCCAUUAUCGGACAUCUCUAUUCAGCAGUCAUAAGUAACAGCUUUAAAGUAAUAAUUAGGAGUGUACCCAUCAGACAUUAAUAUCACUUCGAUAUCAGGAAAAAAGAAAAUAAAUACUAGAUGAUAUCGGACAAUCAACAUGUAAAUGGUCUCUAAUAAGCACACAAGCGGCAACUACACAACAGCAAAGCACACUAGCUAGACAUAAACAAGUGUUGUAAAACAUGUUAUUUGUCAACAUAAACAAGUAUCAAAUAAUUAUAGUUGCAUGUUACAACAUUUACGAAGUCUCCAAGGCAGAAGUGCAUCAAAAGUAUCCAGUAACAAACGUAUCCGCAUCAUUCAAUUUACUGUGUCAUGAGUUUAAUCAAUUAUUGUGACCAAUAGUCCAAUUACCCUCCUCUACAAAAUCCGUCACAAGGUUAGUGUUUUCAUAGAAUGGUAGUCUGGCUCAUUUCACUUCAUCAAACCUUUCGAUCAUUCCACACUACAAAAUAAUACAUGUACGUAUGAUUCGUGGUGAUAUCGUAUCAUAAUAAAAUUGUAUCGGCUGAUACACAAGGCUCCAAUAUCAGUAGUGUAUCAGGAAAGUUUUAAUAUUGCCCAAAGUUGACAGCGCCUCUACAGGUCACGGCCAGGUACUACAGUCCAUUUUUCAACAGUUUGCCUUAGAAUGAUUCGGAUAUUCAUGCUGCCUUCUACACGAAGAUCAUAAAAUGAGUAAGAACUACGACAUACCUUUUUUGUUUGUAAACCAUACCUACCAACCCUCCCAGAUUUUACUCCCGAAAUUCAGCGCCUCUCCCGAAAACCUCCCGGGACAAAUUUUCUCACAAAAUCUCAGGCAUAGCUGGAGGCCACGCCCCCUCCAGCUCCAUGCGGACCUGAGUGACGUGUCGACAGCCUGUUUUCAAGUCCGCUUUCCCACAAUAUAAACAGCGUGCCUGUCCAAUGACGUUAUAACUGUUGAAUGAUCGAGGGCGAGUUCUUGGUUUCUUAUGUGGGUUUAUUGUUAGGCAGUCUCAUUAACGUCCUCCCAGCGCGGUUAAACAACACACAACAACAGCUGUCUGUCACGUUUUUGUCUACCGUAAAGCAGUUCGUCUGCUGUAAACAGCAAUGUUUCGACACUCUUAAACAGGACAAUACUGCCAUCUACUGUACAUCCAUAUGUGACAAUAACAUCUACGGCAGGGGUCACCAACCUUUUUGAAAGCAAGAGCUACUUCUUGGGUACUGAUUAAUGCGAAGGGCUACCAGUUUGAUACAUACUUCAAUAAAUUGCCAGAAAUAGCCAAUAUGCUCAAUUUACCUUUAACUGUAUGUUAUUCAUAAUAAAUUAUAUUUAUCUUUGUGGAAACACUGAUCAUCUCAAUUUCUCACAAUAAAUAUAUAUUUUUGA